UACAUGGGGGACACUGAGGACCCACAGACCCUCCAAAUACAGUACACGGAGAUGAUGGCAGACUUCAUGUUUGUGGUCCCUGCACUCCAAGUAGCACAUUUUCAGCGUUUCCGGGCCCCUGUCUACUUCUAUGAGUUCCAGCACCGGCCCAACUUUUUCAAGGACUUCAAACCACGGCAUGUAAAGGCCGACCAUGGUGAUGAGGUUUUCCUUAUCUUUGGAUCCUUCUUCUGGGGUGUCAAAAUUGACCUCACCGUAAAGGAGAAGCUGCUGAGCAGGAGAAUGAUGAAGUACUGGGCCAACUUUGCACGAUACGGGAACCCCAACAGUGAGGGUCUACCCUACUGGCCAGUGUCAGACCAAAGUGAGCAGUACCUGCAGCUGGAUCUCCAGCCUGCUGUGGGCCAUGACCUGAAGGCCAGAAGGCAACAGUUCUGGACCAAGACUCUGCCGCAGAAGAUUCAGGAGCUAAAAGGGGCUCAUGGUAAAAACAAGGAUGUGUAAUGUCCAAAGUAAGGAAAGACGCUGUGAAACCCAUACUUGGAUGAGCAUAUGACGUAAGUGAAGAUCUUCUGCUGUGAUGUGUGUCAUGAAUGUGAGGUGUGGGAGGUAGGAAUGUACACACAUGUCUAGCCGAAGAGACUCCUGUCCAUGCCACCCUGAC